GCCACGGCAUAUUUACUAACCUCACAAUUCGAAACCGAUUUAUUAAAUAAUCGAAUUGACGAGAGUCGCUCCAUUCAUUCUAUUUUCAUCUAAAAAUGGAGCUCCAAGACUCGAAAAAGUCGAAGAAAAACAAGUCAAAAAAAGUACGACCGUCUCUGCCGGAAGACGACACCUCCAACGAUCUCCUCAUAAUCGACGAGUCCAACAACAAGAACAAAUCGCCUAUAAACAGACCCCCGUCGAUCCCCUCGACCUCCACCAAAAAACGCAAGAAACGCGACAGCGCCUCCAGCGACGAAGAACGCUGGCUCACGGCCAUCGAGUCCGGCAAACUCGAAGACGUCGACGACGAACUGAAAAAAAUCAAACCCAAAGACCCGGCGCUGAUGACUGCGAGACAAAGAGCCAUGUACGACCGAGGCGUGGACGGAAAUCCGUCGGUCACGACCCCCACGCUCAUGUCUUUACCCACUGGAUACAAGGAGAAAGUAAUGACUGCUGAGGCCAUCCAGAAAGCGGCGAUUAAGUCGCAAAAGAGGAAACAACUAGCCGACGAGAAGCGCGAGAAAGAUAAGAAAAAAACUAUGGAGAGGUUGUUGAAGAAGCAGGAGUCGAAGGCUGCCAAGUCGUCGAAGAUUAAGGUUGCGAAAACCAACGUGCCUACGAUUUUUUACAGACAGAAUGCCAGCGGGGUGGUAAUGUCGUUCCCGGCGGGGAUGGAGUGGCCUUUGGGUGGUGUGGGGCCGAAGGAGGCGCCGAAGCCGGUGCCGUGUGUCAUGGGGUGCGGCAGCUUAAAGAAGUACGUUUGCUCGCAGACAAAUGUGCCUUUGUGCAGUUUGGCUUGCUACAAAAAAAACAUCGCCAGUAGGAUUUUGUAAUGAAUUCAUUAACUGUUGGUACAAGCAGUGAGUAUAGAGUUAAAAGAGAGGCAACCUUAUGGACAAGUGCGGGGCUAAUGCUCCGUCUUACCCCUCACUUCACUUCAUCCAUAAACGUAAUAGUGGAUAGUGGCUCUCCCUCCUUUUUUCUUGUGAACUACGUUAACAGUAGUCUGGACGAACACCAACUCAUCAGACUUGUGGCCAGUGCGAUUACGUUAAAGCAAAAUAGCCCAUCCCCAAAUGAACGGUGGACUGGUGAAAGGUUUUUGUCAAAAUUUAACCAAAUUUCAGCUUUUCUUUAAUUAUUAUUGUUAUGAUAAGCACAUGUUGACAACAUGCCAGUAAAUCCCAAUUUUUGGAGGAUGCCUGGUGUAUGCGUUUAAAUUCAUCCUUUAUUUAAAUAAAAAAAUGAACGGCCA